GAGUCACCUAACCUCUGACAGGCUGACACACCCGCGCACACAUAAGUAGAAACUUGGGCUGGUUUUAUUUGUCUACUUCGGCGGCUACCCUUUCAAAAAUUAUAAACUUCUCACUCUGUAAAGUGAGUCGAUAAUGGCUGGAGGAGGAAUUAACAGGAGGGUUUCUGCUGCUUCUGCUAGGUCCCACACUCGCAAAUCCAAUCGUAAAUCCUCCUCUUCUGGCUUGCUUAAGAAACUUUUUCUCGUCAGCCUCGUUGGUCUCUUGGCAUGGGCUUAUCAAGCUACUCGUCCACCUCCUCCCAAGAUUUGUGGAACUCCAAAUGGUCCUCCUAUUACAGCACCAAGAAUUAAGCUAAAUGAUGGAAGGCAUUUAGCCUACAAAGAGCAUGGCGUGCCAAAAGAAAAAGCACAAUACAAAUUUGUUUAUGUCCAUGGCUUUGACUCCUGUCGAAAUCAUGCUGUAGUUGCCCACUUUCUUUCUCCGGAAACAGUUGAAAGUUUAGGAAUAUAUAUUGUGGCAAUCGACCGAUCUGGGUAUGGAGAAAGUGAUCCAAAUCCGAAGAGGGAAGUAAAAAGCAUUGCGUCAGAUGUAGAAGAGUUUGCUGAUAAGUUGGGACUUGGGGAAAAGUUUUAUCUGGUUGGCUUUUCCAUGGGUGGGCAAGCGGUGUGGAGCUGCCUUAAGUAUAUUCCACAUAGGCUAGCGGGAGCAACAUUAUUAGCUCCAGUUGUCAACUACUGGUGGUCUGGUUUGCCUGCUAACCUUUCUGCUGAAGCCUACAACAAACAGCUUCAACGGGAUAGAUGGGCGUUGCGUGUUGCACACCAUGCACCAUGGCUAACUUAUUGGUGGAAUACACAAAAGUUAUUCCCUAUUUUAAGUGUGAUUGAUCACCUUCCAGAAAUCUUCUCACGUCAGGACAAAGAAAUUGUUGAACAAUUUGCAGGAAUGGAAGAUUCGUCUCCCGUAAAACAGCAAGGAGAAUACGAAUCCCUCCAUCGGGACUUGGUUGUGGGGUUCGGCAAAUGGGAAUUUGACCCAACUGAAGUAACAAAUCCAUUCCCAAACAAAGAGGGGAGUGUCCACCUCUGGCAAGGCGAUGAAGAUAUACUUGUGCCUGUUACAUUGCAGCGUCAUAUAGCGGAAAAGCUUCCUUGGAUUCAGUACCAUGAAGUAGUGGGUGCUGGACACUUGUUCCCUUACGCUAAAGGCAUGAGUGAAACCAUUAUCAAGACACAACUUUAUCUUGAGAACUAGCCCAGUCAACAUAGAUACACCAUUAAUCGCAGGUGAGCUAUUUAACGUGAUAGACCACAGUUUUCCGUUUGCUAUAUAAUGUAUCAGCUUUGUUGAGUUAUUAGCCAUUGUAAUAGUGCAUAGUGGUGGGAAGGGUGCCCAUACAACUAUAGACCUGAGCAUGAACUAUAAAACUGUAUUUAGUUUUAAUUAUCUGAUUUCCUGGAAAAGGCUGCUAUUUCAAGUUCA